UACAGUAUAUCGACAAGGGAUUGUAAACGGAUAUAGGGGAGGUUUCUUCAACCCAUAUUUACAUUUGGGUUAUCUAAAGCAUUAUGGCCACUUGUUCCCUCGACCUACUCAGAAAAAUUCUCUUUCCCUCCCCCAAAAAUUUCUUUCUCAUUCAGAAAACCUCGAAAAAGGUUUCUGAUUUUUUUUUAGGGUGAAUUUUAAUUGAAUUUAUAAUAAAAAAACUUAGAAAAACACUUUCCAAAAUUUUUCGUGUUAAAAAUGAAGUGUGGGGAGAGCUGGAAGAGAAAUUAUCACUUACCCUGUUAUCCACAUGUCUAAUUUCAAUUCUUGCCUUCAAUUAUUUGCCUCUAUUUUGUUUUGUUAAGGGUUUUUUAUUCUGUGUAAAAAAAAAGAGUUUUUUUUAUUCAUUCUAUUCACAAAAUAUUUUUUUUAUAAAUAAAAAGUCGUGAUUUUAAAAGUAGUCACUUAAUUUAAUUUCAGAUAACAAUUUGGGGUCUGUUUAUAUUAGUUUUUUUAGCUCGUGAAAAAUAAUUUAUACAGAUAAAUAAAUUUUUAUGUUAAUUUAUAAUUUCUCACUCAUGAAAAUGAUAUCUUCAUAAAUUAUUUUUUCAUAAACUACUUUUAACAAGUUAUAAUAAUACAUUACGUCAAAAAAACAGCUAUAAUAAUACAUAAAACUUAUUUAUUUGCAUAAACAAGAAAGUUUUAAGUAUUUUGGACCCUAAAAUUUGAUUGAUACAAAGACUUUUGUUCGGGUUUUCAGUGUUCUAAGUUCUAAUCACUCUCUUCUGCUCUUUCGUUUUCAGUUUUCAAUUUUCAUUUUCCAUCCCAGAUUUCAUUCAUUCAUUUUCUGAAAACCCUCCCAAAACCCUGUUUCCAUGGAUUUUCAAGUCGUCGUUCUCGCCGGCGGCGUCUCCAAAAAACUCCUCCCCCUCGUUUCAAAGGAACUUCCGAAUGCUUUACUUCCGGUGGCUAAUCGUCCGGUUCUCUCUUACGUUGUUGAGCUUUUGGAGCUUAGCAACCUUAAAGAUCUCAUUGUGGUAGUUGAAGGUAAAGAUGUUGCUCUUAACGUUGGUGCUUGGAUUUCUGGAGCUUAUGCUGAUCGUCUCCAUGUCGAGGUUGCUUCAGUUCCGGAGGAUGUGGGAACAGCUGGUGCAAUUCGAGCAAUUGCACACCAUCUAACUGCGAAAGAUAUUUUGAUUGUAAGCGGUGAUCUUGUUUCCGAUGUGCCGGUUGGUGCUGUUGCGGCUACUCAUCGACGACAUGAUGCGGUUGUCACUGCUUUGCUCUGUAAUGCUCCUAUAAGUGGACCUUUGGAGUCGGUGUCUUCUGGUGGGAAAGACAAAACCAAGAAACCUGGCCGCUAUGAUUUGAUAGGGUUGGACCCUACAAAACAGUUUUUACUUCACAUAGCUACUGGAGCUGAAGUAGAAAAAGAUCUUCGAAUUCAGAAGAGCAUACUUCGUGCCGUUGGCCAGAUAGAAAUAAGAGCCGAUCUAAUGGAUGCCCACUUGUAUGCAUUCAAAAGAUCAGUUUUACUAGAAGUUCUAGAUCAGAAGUCUGCGUUUCAAAGCUUAAAGCAUGAUGUAUUGCCAUAUCUUGUCCGCAGCCAACUGCAAUCAGAAGUAUUAUUAAAUGGUACACCACAAGCAGAAGAAAAUGGAACUGAGAAGGUUAAUUCUCAAAGCAAUCAACAAAUGAUAUCUCAAAUACUUGCUAAUGCAUCUGAGCCGACCUUUCAUCUACGACAUACACUUGGUACUAUUGGUUCUGAUUCUGUUCGAAGAGCCCAUAAAUGUUGCGUUUAUAUUGCUGGGAGUAGCAAGUACUGUGCUCGCCUGAAUUCUAUACAAGCAUACAAUGAUAUAAACCGAGAUGUAAUAGGAGAAGCUAGUCAUUUGUCAGGGUAUUCCUUCUCUGCUCAUAACAACAUUAUCCAUCCUACUGCAGAGCUUGGGGCAAAAACAACUGUAGGACCGCAUUGUAUGCUGGGGGAAGGUUCACAGAUGGGUGACAAGUGCAGUGUAAAACGGUCUGUCAUUGGUCGCCACUGUAGGAUAGGUGCCAAUGUUAAGGUUGUUAAUUCCGUAGUUAUGAACCAUGUUACUAUUGGUGACUUUUGUUCAAUCCAAGGUUCUGUCAUUUGCAGCAAUGUACAGCUCCAAGAACGUGCCAUACUAAAAGAUUGUCAAGUUGGAGCAGGUUUCGUGGUCACUUCCGGUAGUGAGCACAAAGGAGAGGUAUUGGCUAAGAAAUGAAACUGAGAUGUGAAAAUCCAGGGGACGGAAAUGCAUAGCUUCAAUCUGACUUUUCGAGCAAAUUUUGCGCUUUUUGCUGUCCAUAGUUACGUUUCGGAGAUCAUGGCAGAGGAGGAACAAUGAAAUUUGAAUAUUUUCAAUCUAUAGUUUGACUUUUGUGUUUCUGUCAUUUGCGUUUUUAUUCUCUUAUAACUAUAGUUUGAAAAUGGCUUCAAUCGGUGUUGAGUUUCUUUUUCUGUGUAAAUGACUACCCAUUGUUUCCUCUUAAUAUCAAACUUCUGUGAUUGAAAUGUAUGUUACAAGAGACUUGGCUGUUGGUAUCAUAUUGCUGCACUAAAGUGGUAUGAUCCUGCGCAAUCAGUUUUGUUAUUGAUCAAAGGAAUACUGUUGACAUUUUAUUCUGUUUA